AUGGAGCAACCGUUCAGCAGUAGACUCUCUUCCUCAGUUCCAAAAUUCACGUUUCCAGUCGCACAAAUGAUUUCAAACGAUCCAAAAGAAAGAGAAGCUUUAUGUCUGGCUACAUUAAGGUCGCUUCUCACGACUUAUAAAAUUACUUUAACCAUAAACAGCGUGCUCGACUGCACGCCCUCUCUUUUCAUUGUUUGUUUCGAGAAACUGUGUGGAUAUGUACCCGACCUCACGCGUAAAGCAGGCUCUCGAGAAUCACGGUUGAGAAAUAUACGAAUUAUUUUGGGAAUACUGGCGCACGAUGUGUUGCAAGCUGAUAUGUCUCAUAUUUCACCCGAGGGCCUAUGUAAUGGUGAUAAAGAGUCAAUAAUGGCCUUGAUUGAACUUUUUGCUGCUUUGCAAAAGAUUCCCGAGGAUCAACGUAAAAAGAAUCGAAAAAAUGACAGCAAAGGUUUAAAGACACAUAAUAAUAAAGAAAAUAUUGGUCUAGCAAAUCGUAAUAUUUCUGUCUCUUCUGUCUCUACACCAAGUGCUGAUGAUAUAAUAUCAGUCAAUUCGUCAUCAAUACAUAAAAUGGAUCUCAGACACCAAAUUCAAGCCAAUAAUUCUCAACCACUAAUCGAAAAUAAACAAAGACUUAAAAUGAAAUUUGAUUUCGGAUCUUUUAGUAAAUCAUCAGACACACCCAGAGACAGGUUAUCUGGCACAGGCAAUCGAGCUGCUUCAGAGAAUAGUUCAAAACCACAUGUUAUUCAGACCAACUAUGAUAAAAUAAAUCAAAAUAUACAGACUGGUCACAGAAAUGUCGGAGUAGAAACCAUUCACUCUAAUCUCAGGUCAUCUUCAAAGUCAAUUAAUAAUCAAAAAAGGACGAUUCAACAAUCGUCAUCAUCAUUAUCAAGCAACUUCCGAAAUUCUUCUGAAGAUAAACGUGAUGUGCCGCAUCAAAGGCACACACAAUCGCAAAGAUACAAAAACUUGCAGCAACAAAGCGAAGCCGAAUCAACAUCAACUUCACAACACUCUCGCAAACGUAUGGCAGACCCGUUUAAAUUGUCUACUGAAGCCUCCAAAAGAAUAAAAACGAGAUCAUCUCAUGAUUCUUUUGAGCGAUCAGGCACACCACAAAAUCUUCGUAUCAAUCCUACGGACACUCCUUUUACUCGAGCGCUUAAAGAUCGACGUGCACGUCUCAUUCGAGAGAGCGAUAUGUUAGCUUCAGAGGGUAAACAACGAAGCUUAUAUCUAAGUCGCAAAAUUUCAGAAACCUCCAGAAGACUUGUAAAUAUUAAGUACGGAAUAUCUCUUGAAAAAAGAAAAGACAAUUCAUCGAAACGAGAGAAAUACGAUCAAAGCACCUUCGCUAGUCGAAAAAGGGCUGGUAUUCCGUCUAUUUCUUCAGACGCCGAAUAUACUGAUAACCAUUUGUCAGAAAGAAAUUAUUACGGAUCUGAAUUCUCAGCAAGCUCAAAUAAUCGUUAUGAGGAGGAUACACAACCUGAUACGGAGGGUGCCUUACCUUUAUUAGCUCGCUAUAUUGAGCAUGAGAUGCCCGGAACUAAAUUUUCAGAAGGAUUCAAUAAUCGUAUUUGGAAGCAUGAAUUGGAAAGGUCGAAAAAAUCUAUUGAAAAUGAAAGAUGGCAGAAGGGCAAGGAAAAUAAAAUACACCGUGAACACGAAGCAAGAGCUAUUAAAGUAUUGGAGAAAAGCUUUGAAAGAGAUCAACGAUUAGCAAAAGAAAAAGAAAAUGCAGUUGCUCUUCGAGCUCAUCAAUAUGCUUGUAAAGAGCAACAGAGACAAACUGCCAAGCUACGGAAAAAACAAGAAGAAAUUGAAAUAGAUGUAAAGAAUUUAGCCAAACAAAGAAACUACCGCGAGGAAAAACUGUUGACCGACUUGUACAAAGAUUGUUAUAAAAAGCAGUUACCACAAACACGUGAUCAUUGUACACUAAAUGAAAUAAGUAGGAAUAAAGAAAAUCAGGGGAAAGAGGGCCGAGAGAGUUUUCUGAAGGAACAAAUCUUGAUGCUGGAAGCACAAGUAAGAGAACUGAAGAGUAAUCAGCAUGUCGCGGAUAAAGCCCAAACACAAGUUCUACGGCAAUUAGAAAGCGAACAAAAACGAGAACUUUAUAAUAAAAUAGAUAAUUUAAGGGAACGAUUGAAAGGGGAAUACGAGAAAAACUUUGUUUGCUUGGAAGAUGAGGCAAGGCGUAUAAAGGAAGGAUUUCGAAAAUAA